AGAUCUCAUCGAUGUUUUGGGUGAGGAUAAUCCAUUUAUACAAAGUUUUGAGCCGAAUUACAAUCGCGCGGGAGGGAUAGAUGCCGGAGUGAGCGAGAUGGCUGCAGGAUCUCCCGCUCUAGCAACGUUACCGCAAGUAAUAUCCUCUAUGGCCAGGUUCAUGCAUGCCGCGAUGCCGCCAAUGCCAAACAGAACGACGGGUGAGACUGCAUUGGCUUUGAAAGGAACAAGAUCAAUGAUGCCUGGAGCCGGUGCUAUUGAUGUACGGUCAGCAUAUCUACGACUGCUGGAUGGUCUUCUAGCAUUGUAUCAUGGUGCUGGUAUAAAGCAUGCUGAGAAGCUUUGCGAGCUCCGAGAUAGUCAACUAGACUUAGCUGACUGUCUACACGACAUCGAACAGCGCAUAACCACAGUGGCUACGGAAUUACAAACCGGUUCGAAAAUAGAGUUGUCAGAGAGUGAUAAAAUACAAAAACAACUGAUGGAAAGAAUGCUCAAAGAACUGGAGAGAUCUAAAUCAGUUUAUGAGGAGAAGCUAAUGUCUGGCGCGUUGCAAAUGGCGUGGGUGAUCGGAGCGAUAUGGACGAAGCGCCGUCAGCAAGAAUUGGCGAUACAUUUCGCUGGAACUCUGCACUCGCUCCGACUCUCCUCGGAUCCUGAUUACGCACAUCAUAUUGAGGUAGCAAGUAAGGAAAUUUUACCAGGAAAGAGUUCUCUACUUGGUAACUCUAGUUAUGCGUCACUACAAUUGGAGUAUACGUCAAGUUCCGAUCAGAGUCCACAAAGCCAGACCUCAAGAGUUCCGACCCCACGACAAGCUUCUCAGGCGCAAAUAAAUAGUGUUACUACACACGAAGGUCCGCGUGGUUUUGCUGAAUCUUUAUUUGCGUUCGUGCCGGAGUACCAUGUUGACGCCAUGUUGGAAUUGUGCAACACACUAAGACUGUACAUGCAUCCCACUAUAUCCAUUAAUGAGAUUGUCGAAUGGGAGGACAUGAUGGUGUCCUGCGCUGCGUUCCUCUGCGCGGAGUUCGCGGACCAGCGCAUCGUGCUCGCCAGCACGCGCGAGUCGCUCGUACAGACACUGGCGUCCUUUGCUACACAGCCUUCCACUAUGAGGGCCAUUGAAAAGGUCCCAGUCAAACAACAGAUGUGCAUGGUGGAGGAGCUGGUACGUCCGUACCAGAACCGCGCGUGGGCGCAGUCCAACUGGGUGCUGGUUCGCUUUUGGCACGGCUCCGGCUUCGGCUUCCGACACCGACAGUGGCCGCAUCUCGCUGCCAAGUUUGGUGAUAGAGAACCAACUGUUAACAACAUGGGUGCUAAAGUAGAUGCUGGUCUGAUGAGUCAAUGUUUCGGUCCCUGUCCAUCAGAAGUUAUUCAAGGUCGAAUCAGAGAUUACCUCGAAGCGAAUCCUAAAGAGGCCGCUUCCUUUCUCAAUUCCUUGCUCAGUCAAUUGAAUUGGGCAUUUUCUGAAUUUAUCACAAUGAUGCAAGAGAUCCUGAUGGCGGUGAUAUCCCGCGUGUGUGUGCGCGGCGGGGGCGGCGCGGGGUUUGCCCGACUGGUGGGGCGCGGUUUGCCCGACACCGACCGCGUGCACUACUACGUUGCCCUCGCGCCUGUCGCUGGCUGCCUCAUCCGGAUAUUGGAACCCGAAUUGCCCGCAGAUCAUUUGAUAAAGGUAUCGAAAGCGUUAGUAAGCGAGCCUUUGUUCAGAGUUGAUGGUCUAGAGUUCAUGCUGGGAAGAUCAGAAGAAAAUCAGUUCUCCUUUUACAACUAUCCAGACGAUGUAACCACAGAGGAGUUGGCAGCUCUGGAGGCAGUAGUGAGCCGCCUGCGGGUGGCGCGAGACGCGGUGGUGAAGGUGAGCUCGCCCGGCUCCAGCGGCACGCAGUCGGAGCUGCUCUGCACCAUCUGCUACGCCAGGCCGGCCGACACCGCCUUCGUGCCCUGCGGACAUCAUUCCUGCCGGCCGUGUAUAAUGCAACAUUUACUGAACAGUAAGCAAUGUUUCUUCUGCAAAGCGGAGAUCGAGUCCGUAAGAGAAAUAGAAGUUACGAAUAAUUGACGAUGACAUAAUACUUUCAUUGGAUGCUAUUAAAUCGUUAUAUAUUGAAUAAUGUGACAUAGUUUUAUUGACAUAAAUUGAGAUGUAUUUAAUAUUUAUUUCGGAACAUUUAAAGGUUACAUUUUUAUUCCACUGAAUGUUUUUAUAAAUAUACAUUGAAAAGAAAUGUGCUUCUGUAAUACGAGUAUAAAUUUCCGCUUGUUUGCUGUUAAAUAUUUGUAAUCAAUUUUUGUAACCAAAUGUACUUUGGAUUUGUACGAUUUUGUUUUCAAUUUAAUAUUAAACGUUAUUUCAUUUU